AUGUCAGCUGUCAAUGACACCAAAUUCAAAUUUGCAGUGUUCCUCCUCACCGGGAUACCUGGGCAGGAAGAUGUCUAUAUUUGGAUCUCUAUCCCCUUCUGCAUAAUGUAUGUUAUUUCCAUAGUAGGAAAUUCAGCCAUUCUGUUCAUUAUAAAAAUAGAUCCAAGCCUCCAUGAGCCCAUGUACAUUUUCCUUUCCAUGUUGGCUGUCACAGACCUUGCCUUAUCUAUAUCCACCAUACCAACGAUACUGGGCAUAUUCUUGUUUAAUGUUAGGGAGAUCAGCCUCAAUGCCUGUUUUGCCCAGCUGUUCUUCAUCCACUCGCUUCAGUGCAUUGAAUCCUCCGUCCUCUUGUUGAUGUCCUUUGACCGCUUCACUGCGAUCUGUAACCCUCUGAGAUAUGCUUCCAUCUUAACCCUGGCAAGAAUAGCCAAGAUGGGACUUGUGUGUGUGCUAAGAGGGGUGGCCGUAAUAUUCCCACUCCCCAUUCUCCUGAAACGGUUCCGAUACUGUCGAGCCAAUGUCCUCUCCCAUUCCUACUGCCUGCACCAGGAGGUCAUGAAAAUGGCUUGUUCAGACAUCACAGACAACAGCAUCUAUGGCUUAUCUGUUGCAUUCUUUACAACGUGGUUGGACUCGCUGCUCAUAUUCUUCUCUUAUGUGAUGAUCCUCAAAACAGUGCUGAGCAUCGCGUCCCAGGCGGAGUGCCUCAGGGCCUUGAACACCUGUGUUUCCCACCUCUGUGCCGUCCUGCUCUUCUACAUACCGGAGUUUGGCUUGUCUCUGGUACAUAGAUUUGGGAAUAGCUCUUCUCCCUUGCUUCAGAUUCUCCUGGGCUACAUCUACCUGCUGGUUCCACCCCUGAUGAACCCAAUUGUGUACAGUGUGAAAAGUAGACACCUUCGUGCGAGGAUAAUCAGGGUGUUUGUCAAAUGA